AUGUCGGCCACAGAAUCUCCGUCCUCUCCGGGCCACGAGACGAGAGACGCCCAUACCAAUGAACCCACUGAGACGCCCGCUUUAACCAACCUCCCAACACAAACAGAGAACGACCAUUCGCCGAAAGACAGUAACCAAACAGCGGAGAUGAAUGCGCAGGCCACAACAGAACAGUCUGGCAAUCCAACACCGCCAAAUUCCGCCCCGAUGCCCUCGACUAUAACCACCCCCUCAUCAGCGGAGCAACAACCACUUGCGGGGCAGAUGGAAAGACUGUCCGUCUCAGGACUUACUACACCAAACGACCCACCGUCCAGCGCAAAUACUUCUCCUCGACCCCCUCCGCCCGAAAAGGACAAUGUUUACCUCAAUCUCGAUGCAGCUCCUACAACCUCUACGCCUACGUUGCCGCCCAUCAUCACAAACCGAGCCCCCAGCCCCGAGAAAGAGCUCCCAGAUGUGCCUGGCGACAGUGAUGCAGAAGCCAAGCGAGACAACCAGACGGGAGGACCUCGGGAUGAUACUCCCUCGCAGCCGGAGAUCCAAAGCAUCAUGGGACAAUUCCAAGACCCCGCGCGGAGCACCGACCAAAUGGAGAUCAUGUCUCCACGGCUUGGGCUCGCUGAGCAAUUCAGAGGUGGUUCAACAUAUUACCCGCCACGGAAAUCCAGCCUAGACCACGGGAAAGCCUCUGAAUCCGCCGAUUCUCCGAUUGCUACAUCACCACAGAAGCAGCCUGUAUCCCAAUUACCCCACAAGCCCGACUCGCCGGUCUCAAAUCGGCGAGCGUCCACCUCGACACUGCUACCACCGCCGGAGCCAGAACCUGACCAACCUUUUGAUUUCCACCGCUUUUUAGAACAACUGCGUCACCGCACCGCUGACCCCGUGGCCAAAUUCUUGCGCUCAUUCCUCCUGGAGUUCGGAAAGAAGCAAUGGAUGGUUCACGAACAAGUCAAGAUUAUCAGCGACUUUUUGACGUUCAUCACAAAUAAGAUGGCCAUGUGUGAAAUCUGGCGAGAUGUAUCGGAUAGCGAAUUUGAUAAUGCCAAGGAAGGCAUGGAGAAGCUUGUUAUGAAUCGCCUGUAUUCACAGACUUUCUCGCCAGCUAUUCCAUCUCCACCGACUAUACCAAGAAGUGCAAGUCGGAGUCGGCGGAGAGAGCUCGAGAGGCUACACGGGCCAUGGCGACGUGGCCAGCACCAGGAGGAUAUUGAGCGAGACGAUAUCCUGGCUCAAAAGAUCCGCAUUUACGGCUGGGUCAAUGAGACACAUCUUGACAUUCCAACUGUGAGCAAUGGCGGCCGUCGUUUCUUGAAUUUGGCGCAGCAAGAAUUAUCGAAGAUCAAUGGCUACCGAGCUCCCCGAGAUAAGGUCAUUUGCAUUUUGAACUGCUGCAAGGUCAUCUUUGGUCUGCUGAAGAAUUCUAAGAAGGGCGACACAUCUGCCGACUCUUUCAUCCCUCUCUUGAUCUACGUGGUCUUGCAUGCAAACCCGGAUCAUCUCGUCUCCAACAUUCAAUAUAUUCUUCGAUUCCGCAACCAGGAUAAGCUCGGCGGCGAAGCAGGAUACUACAUUUCAUCCUUGUCCGGAGCCAUCCAAUUCAUCGAGACCCUCGACAGAACCAGUCUAACAGUCAGCGACGAAGAAUUCGAACGCAACGUCGAAGCCGCCGUCUCUGCAAUCGCAGAGCAAAACCGGGAAACCGAAACCCUCGAAGAAAAACCCUCGACCCAACCACCAUCCCAGUCCCACGCCGGCCCAAGCCGCAAAGAAGCGACCCAGUCCAGCGACGAUGACACCUCCGCCCCUGUCGCAGGACUACUCCGAACAAUCCAAAAACCUCUCUCCACCAUCGGCCGCAUGUUCUCCGACGACCCAGACUCCACUUCACAAGACCGCCCUCAACCCAUCCCGACACCUCAACCUAGUGUCGCUCCUCCCCGUCUCACCCCAAAUGUCUACCAACCACCACGUGCAAGCAGCGAAGAUAGCCGGCGCUCAGGCGAUGAGCGUUCUCACUCUGCCCACGGCAGCGGAACGUCCGCCAAGAAAAAUCUCACCCGCGUACUAGAUGCCCAGGAUGCCGCUGCGCGCCAGGCUAGUGCUGAGGAUGCGGAGGCGCGUCGUAUACAGCGUGCGGAACAUACUAAUGUUGUCGAGACGUUGUCGAACAUGUUUCCCAACCUUGAUCGGGAUGUCAUCGACGAUGUCGUCAAGAUGAAAGAGGGGAGGGUUGGUCUGGCUGUGGAUGCGUGCCUUGCUCUGAGUGCAGAGUAG